GAUGGAAUCUGAUUUUCAGAGCAAGUAUUGCCUUAGCUUACAAGAUAAGAUUGCGACAUCGACUCGGAUACGAAUAGCUAAAGAAUCAUUCAUUCAUCGCAGAGAAUUUCAAUCUACCAUCAGCAGGGACUUAGGCACCGUCGUUAUCGUAUCAAAGCCACUCGGAUUCUAUGAUCCCGUGCUCUGGGCGACUCCAUCAUGAAACUUAGAUUUUAUCUUGACCUACCGAUGUUAUCCAUUGUUGGACAAAGGACCUUGUCCUCGAGGCCUGUCAACGCACGGCGACCUCCCUUUGUAAUGACACGAAGGAAGGCUUUCACAGCUUACUUAUCGAUCCGACGACCCCUGUAUGUUUGCACCAAAACACGAGACUCCCGCGUUUCCUGGUGAUAAUAAAAAAAUGCGGCAGUGAUUGAAGUAUAAAAGGCCCACUUCAUAACUUAGUGUCUAUCAAACUGCUACGCCCUCCCCUCUUCGCCGUAUUACAUUCUCACCUCUUCAUCGAGUAACAGCCACUAUGCCUUUUGUCCAGCACGGUAACAACGCCAAGGCUGACAUCAAAACCUACAACGAUGUUGCUGGAAAUCAGAACAACAACAACACCACAGAUAACUCUGUUCGCACCAACUCUGGAAACACCACCACCACGAACAAUACUAACUCGAACAAUAACUCCUCCGUCAAACAAACCAUGACGGGAAAUGGAAGGCAGCGUGUGGUGCGCCGCUGAAGUCGCACUGUGGUUAGUGAGACGAAUAAUAGUUGGUUGAAACAUUACAGGGCAGCCCAAGAAGAUAUGUACAUGUAUGUUUGAACGAUGUUGUACACAAGAUUAUGGUUCGAAAUCGAGAAAAGGAUGCAUUGUUGCCAAUUCA